AUGACUAAGAAGAGGAAACACCAAGAGGAUUUCCAAAAGGUGAAGCUAAAAGUUGGAAAAAAGAAGCCUAGACUAGAAAAUGCAACUGAUACAAACUUCAAAACAAAGGCAAUAUUUCUUCCUGAACAGCUUAAAGAGGAUGGAAUACUUCCAACAAACAAUAGAAAACUUAACAUAAAGGAUUUGCUUUCACAAAUGCACCACUAUAGUGCUGGGGUUAAGCAAAGUGCUCUUCUUGGACUCAAAGAACUGCUGUCCCAGUAUCCAUUUAUAAUUGAUGCACACCUUUCAAAUAUACUAAGUGAGGUGGCGGCUGUGUUUACAGACAAGGAUUCUGGUGUCAGAGUAGCAGCAAUCCGGCUCCUUCAAUUCUUGGCUCCAAAAAUCCGAGCAGAACAGAUUGCUCCAUUUUUUCCUUUAGUAAGUGCCCAUCUCUCCAGUGCCAUGACUCACAUCAGUGAAGGAAUUCAGGAGGAUUCUUUGAAGGUCUUGGACAUCUUGUUGGAGGAGUACCCAGUCCUCCUUACUAAUCGCUGUAGUAUAUUGCUGAAGAAUUUUGUAGAGCUUAUUUCUCACCAGCAGUUAUCAAAAAACCUGAAAAGUAGAGAGAAAAUAUCUUGGAUGCUGUCUGUUAAUCCUAACCGCAGAGUAACUUCACAGCAGUGGAGGCUAAAUGUACUGGUCAGAUUCAAGAAGUUUCUCCAAGCAUUAGUAGGUGGCUCUAGUGGGUUAGAAGAUGAAGAAGGGAUCCAGGAGCAAAAGAACUCCCAGUCUGUGAGGAACUCCAUAUGUAUAAGCUGGAAGGAGCAUGCUAGUAAUCAGCAGCACAUCCAACUGUAUGAAAAUGGUGGGUCACAACCAAGGUUCAAUUCAUCAUUCAGAUUAAGGUCCCCAGUAAGCGUGACAGACAGUGUGGAACAAGGCCUGUCCUCUGCUGAAAAUUUAAAAGGAUUUAUUGAGAUAAUAAUUCCAUUAUUGAUUGAGUGCUGGAUUGAGGCAUCUCCUGCACAACUUGCUGCUCCCAUUCUUGGAAACCUUUUGGAACCUGAAUCUCAACAGCUAAUGCAGCAAGUGCUUACUAUCAUAUACUUGCUGUGGAAACUCACAAAGCAAUAUGAUGAAACACACAAAAUGGAGGCAUGGCUUCGAAUGAAUUAUCUUCUAGAUUUCAAGCAUCAUUUCAUGCGUCAUUUUCCUUAUUCUUUACAAGAAACAAUUAAACACAAAAAGAGAGAGCCAUACAAAAGCACCAAGUACUGUAUGAUAUCUUCAAACAACGUAGACCAUCUUUUAUUGAAUUUAACCCUGUGUGACAUUAUGGUUUCACUGGCAAGUGCUUCAACACUUCAAAUAGAUUCUGAUUGGCUGGAUAUGAUAAGGAAGUUUGUGAAGGAAACCCUUCAGGAUGGUUACAGAUUGAACUGCAAACAGUUGAACAGGUUGCUUGGAGUGACAUGGAGACUAAUGCAAAUUCAAGGAAACAAAGUGGCAACAGAAACUUUAAUAAAAGCCGUAUAUGCACUGUACCAGCAGAGGAAUCUCCUCUUUCCUGUUCGUAUGCUGCUUUUGAAAUUUUUUAGCAGGGUUUAUCAAAAAGAAGAGCUGAGCACUCAAAAAAUCAGAAGCCGAAGUAAAGUUUUGUCUCGUUGGUUGGCUGGUCUACCUCAACAACUUGCUCUACUUGGCUCAAGAAAGCCUGAACUUUCAAACCAGUUGAUUGAGACCAUUCAUUCUGCUGCAUCUCAUUCAAACAAGGAAUUGUUACAAAGUUUGCAAGCCACUGCUUCUCGAAUUUAUGAUCCACUAGAUGGCACUCUGGUUCUUCUUCCACCAGAGUCACAGCAACGUUUAGUGCAGCUUGUAUACUUUCUGCCAUGUCUGCCAACCAACUUACUUUGUUCUUUAAGUCGCUGCUGCAUUAUGGGAAGAAUGUCUUCAGAUCUAGCUGCCACUCUCAUUGGGAUACUGCAUAUGAGAUCUUCCUUCGCUGGAUGGAAAUGCCAAGUUCAGGAUAGUUCAAUGAGCGAUGUGGACUAUUUCAGUUUCUUGUUUUCAACCCUUACAGGAUUCUCUAAAGAGGAGUUGACUAGCCUUCAGAGCAUUAGAGGAAAACCUCACAUUAGCCAGACACAGCUUUCACCUGUCCGUCUCUACCUGACUGAUCUGGAACAGUUUUUACACCACUGGGCUGUGACAGAGGUGGUAUGCCACAGCUUGUCCACUAUACCUUCACGAAGUCAGUGUUUUGACAUCCUCCAGAAUGGUAUCUGUAAAUAUCUGGUUGGACUGGCUGUAAUACCUGAUAGCACAGCUGGAUCUAUUUUGUGUGCCAUGAGUAAGCUCCUGGAUCAAGCUUGCGUCCUUAGUGAAAAUCUGUACAAGUUUCUAGCCUCUUGUUGUUAUAGUCUUCUUUACUUCCUGUUAACUUUAGACAAAGAGGAUGCAGAACAUGUGCAGAAGAGGGACAUGUUGUGGGGAUCCUGUAUUUCAGUGCUCACACUCAUGCCACGAGUGUUGAGGGUGAUGCUGCAGAGUCUUCAAGUGAGCAGGGUCUGUCGGGAAGAAUUGCCUGUUAUUGGUCAGUUGAUGCGUUUGCUAAUGCAGCAUGGACAGCUCAGGAGUCACAUGGUGGCAAGUGAACUUCUUGUGCAACAGAUUGUCAAGGAUAUUAUGACAUUGAAGAGUGGUGAAGUUCAAGAGCAAUGGCUAACAGACCUCCAUUACUGUUUCAACUUGUAUCUUGCCACGCAUCCACAGGGACCCACUUCUAUUAGCUCAGUAUAUUGAUGAGAUGAACGUUGUACAUCUGCUUUAAAGUAUUUACUUUCAUUUAAUUUUGAAUGGAAAAUGUUUGAACAAUGUUUGUUAUACAUUUUUUUAAAAUGGAACCUAAAUAAAAAAUUCAUAAAAUCUGUUUGUACUUCAUUAUAUUGGUCUUGAAACAAGAAAGUAACACUGCAGUGAAGGUAGUUUUGGAACUGUUGAUGGUAGGAGACGAUU